AUGGCUUCCUCAACCACUAUCAGGUCACUCCUCCUCCGCCUCCCGAAACCAGCCGUCGUUCCACGCGCCACACCUCGCCGUUACUACAGUACUGUUGGCAGUAGUUCCGGUCACCGUACUGAUACUGCUGCAGCAGAUGCAUUGUCUUCUUGCAGCAUUGCUGAAUUUCAGGGACCAGUUGGUCGUUUUGUUAAUUCAUUGAAGAUAUCAAAUGUCAUGAUUUCAGAUACGAUUUACCCACACACACCAACCAGGAAUCUGAGAUGGUCACUGAACUUGAUGAAUACUGCGCACACACCACCAGGCAGAAAACCUCUUCGAAGGUUUAUCAAAACUUCGCUCCGUGGCAGUGGCUGGGAUGUAACGGAGACUGCCCAAACCCUGCUCAUUUACCGAGACAUGCGUAAACUCAAGCAGGAUGUUAAGGUCUGGGUUGAAGAAGGCACUAAACUCACAGAGUAUGAAGAUGUCUGGGUCGAGAAUGGCAAGAUCGUUAGUGAGGAGGGACCAAAGGUGCUAGGCUAUCUUUUAGAAAGGGAUGUUUUUGGGAUCGAGUUAUCACGCACUGUAUACCUAAAUCCAUCUGUGACUCCCUUCAUGAAACCGGAAGAAUUAAAGAGAUCAGAGUCCACUGAGAUGCCAUAUCCGUGUCUCUCUUCAUCAAACAUGAAAGAGAAAAGGGAUUUGAAGGCAAGGAUUGUGUUAAACUGUACACCGCGAGGAUUGGAUUUCCAGGUGAUGUCUAUAAGACGAACGAUAUCAAGAUAG